UUAUGGAUAAAAUCUAUGGCAGCCCUCAGAAAUAUACCAAAAAAUACCGUGGCGAUGGUGGAGGUGCAGCUGGACCCCGACACAAAGGUUCCGCCCGGAAUGCUAGUGGCGUUUGCGAUCUGCACCACUAUGCUGGUGGCCGUGCAUAUGCUGGCUUUGAUGAUUAGCACCUGCAUCCUGCCGAACAUCGAGGUAGUGUGCAACCUGCACAGCAUCUCCCUGGUGCACGAGUCGCCGCACGAGCGCCUGCACUGGUACAUUGAGACGGCGUGGGCAUUUUCGACGCUGCUGGGGUUGAUCCUAUUCCUGCUGGAGAUAGCCAUACUGUGCUGGGUAAAGUUCUAUGAUCUGAGCCCGCCGGCGGCCUGGUCGGCCUGCGUGGUGCUGAUACCCGUGAUGAUUAUCUUCCUGGCUUUCGCCAUACACUUCUAUCGGUCUCUGGUGACGCACAUGUACGAGGUGACGGUCUCCGGCAUACGGGAGCUGGAGAUCCUCAAGGAGCAGAUGGAACAGGAUCACCUCGAGCACCAUAACAACCAUGCCGCCGGCGACAUCGUUUAGCAGUAUCAAUCGCGCGAGGAUCCCACGAAGCAAUAAACCAUCUCGGCGAUCCUUCUCUGAAAACUUAACGAAAACGAAAAGAAAAGACACUUACGGCAGUGGGCCAGAGGCCUCGCCGUCAAUCCUCAGACUAAAUAAGUGAAUAUUUUGUAAAUUUGUAGUUGAUGCAAAUUGUGAUACGCAGAAGGCAGUAGAUUUUUAUUAUACAAAAACAGUAUGAGUACGUA